CGUAAAGCUUUGGUAGGUGACCUUGACCUUCCCUUGACCUUCCCCAAGUCCACCCUCCCUUGACAUCCGUUCAAUUCACGCAUACUAUUUUGCCAUUGACUUGUAUGUCUAUCCCUGCGGAGUUGCCGAAGCUGUCUCUUAGCCCAAACUCGAAGGGGAAAGCGAAAGAGAAGGAGAAACGGCAGAAGAGUGCGAACAAGCCGCAGACAGAGCGACUGAAGACCGUAGUGCGCCGUCUGCCUCCAAAUCUGCCAGAGGAUAUCUUUUGGCAAAGCGUGCAACAAUGGGUCACCGAUGAGACCGUUCAAUGGAAGGCUUACUAUCAGGGCAAGUUCAGGAAGCGAGUGAACAAGGAGAACAUCCCGUCUCGUGCCUACAUCGCAUUCAGAAACGAAGAUCAGCUAGCUGUAUUCAGCAGGGACUAUGAUGGCCAUCUCUUCCGGGACAAAGCAGGGAACGAGUCUAUCGCCGUGGUCGAGUUCUCGCCAUACCAGAAGAUCCCCUCCGAGAAGAAGAAAGUAGAUGGCAGAACGGGUACGAUCGAGAAAGACGAGGAUUACAUAUCGUUCCUGAAGUCGUUGCAAGAGGGAGGCGCGAAGCCAGUUGACGGAGAGACGAUCGAGACUCUGAUUGCAGCAUCGCAGCCACCUCCGCAACCGACCACCACGCCCCUGCUCGAAGCCCUUAAAGCGGAGAAGUCCGCUCAGAAGGACAAGGAGGCCAUCCUCCGCAACCAUGCGCACUACAAGGACGCCUCCGUCGCCGCCUCAGCAAAGAAGAAAGACGAGAAGAAGUCCGCAGCAGGUGGCGCCGCGAAGCCUGCGCCAGCUGAACAACCGCUCGGUAAGAAGGCGAAGAAGGCCGCGGCGAAGGCAGCCCAGCAGCCUGCAGCGUCGUCAUCUGCUCCCGGGGCGAAGACUCCCGCUCCCACCCCGACCACCCAAGGGCAGGCGAAACCAGCGCAGCCCGGUCAGUCUGCAAAGGCUCCUCGCCUACCGCGGGAACGCCAGCCAAAGCACUCUCCCGCUCCCGCGCCUGGCGCAGCUGCGACGCCUUCCCCUGCCGCGUUGCCUUCUCAGCCUGGUGCGGAUGCGUCUACAUCGACGUCCGGAGACGCAGCGGCAGUUGCUCAGUCGGGUCCCAGUCGGCGGCGCCCCGUCCUCGGGCUCGGCUCGCGCCAGUUCGAGGCCGCGCUCAGCGGUGCCGGCGUCAGUGGACGUCCUCCGCGGCGUGGCCAAGCGCAAGACAAGGACAAGGACAAGGGUACAGCUGAUACACCGUCCGCCCCCGGCGAGGCCGCACCCAAGACGAAGGAGAAGCGUGCUGGCCAGCCGGCUGCGCCGCCUACUAUCCUGCAGAGAGAUGUGACGACUCCGACGCCGAAGAUUUUGACUCGGGAUGGAGCGGUUGGAGGUGCUACUCCUGCUACGGAUGGUGUUAUUCAGGAAGAAACGCCUGGGGUUGGUGGUAGGGGCGGUAGACGCGGGAGAGGGAGAGGUCGCGGUGGUCCUCGGGGAGGGGCUCCUUGAGGAAAUCCAGUUGUACGACAUGUUCAUCCGUUCACCCCGUCGCUCUUGGAGCCGGAUAUGGAAGGGCUGAGACGUCUGGUCGGGAACAUCAGUGGGCUGCCUCUUAGGCUCUAGCGCGGCGGACUCUAGCACGAAGCUUAGUCUCGUGUUCAAG